AUGAACACCGGGCAGAAGGGAAAGUCGUUGGACAGAUUGGACCGCGAUGGCGUCGCUCAACAUCGAAACGUAAUGCACGAAAUAGCCAUGAAGAAACAAAUAUCAAUGUACCAAAGAGAAGAGAAAAUACUUGAGAGAGAACUUCGAGAGAUUUCUAAAGUCAAAGAAACUCUCUUGCAAAUAAGGGCACCGUUAAGGCGAAGGGUUCAAGCGGCCGCCAUUGAGGACAACUUGGAGGAAAGUUCAGGAACUGAGAGAAGUUUGAGAAAAACAUCUGUUGCUACGCGAAAAACAAGUGUGUCUACAUCAAGUGCUCAGGAAAAAUGCACGAAUGAAAAGGACAUGGCUGGUGCUUGCGCCUCGAAACUUCAAACGUUUCCUGGAAGGCCCUCACUUCAAGUGGCUGCCCCUUCACCAAAUCCGCGACAACGCAAAAUAAGUAUGCAAGUGAGAACACACCAAAAUACUCCGCAGGGAAUAUCAGCUUUGCCACAGCGAAAGAUUUCGGCGCCGACGUUUGGCUCUAAAAAGAACGAAGUAUCCGAGGACUGUGGCAAAAGUGGAUCAUUUUUGCCAGUCAUCAAAACACCGAACCCUCCAGCCGAUUGCAGCCCUUCGAUUAAAAGAAAAUCGCCAUUAAUUGACAGGCCUUUGAGUGGAGAAAAAAACAACGAAUCGGCCGAUAAUCGCAAUCGACCUCGUUCGCCAGCUUUGUUGACCCCAAUAGCCCCAAGUAGAGCCGAUACCAUGCGCGCGCGCUCUGUACCCUGUGAUCUACCUUCACAUCUGGCCAAAACACCGCGUUCCCGAAAACCGGUUGACGCCGACGAAUGCGCUUCGCUAACCAUGGAAGAGACCCUCCGAAUCAAAGGAAAAUUUCGGCAAAUUGGCCAUUCUGUCAUUGCGACUGCUUUGCUCAAAGGGUUGAAGCAGAAGGGACAGCUUUCGUCCGAAGCUAUUCACAACAUGCACAAACCUAUUUCUUUAGACGAGGCAAAUGAGGCUAAAGUUGAGGUAAAUGAAGAAACUGAUGUAGCAGCAGCCGAAUUGAAAGACGAUGAAGAAGAUAAGGUGAAGCCCACAGGGCAAGGAGGAAAAUCGUUUAAAAAUCUUGCUCGUAAAACGAUCAAUGUGAACAGAAUGAUAGGUACAACUGGCCGGCGACGGGCACAGUCGGACCCUGUGCCCGAGAUGUCUGGCUCGGUUAAUAAGCCUUCUUUGCGGCCCAAAACGAGUGGAUUGUCAAUUGUGAGACACUCUGAUAAAGUGCUUGUUCAAGAAAAGGCAGAAACUACAAGUGCGCAGCAAAGACGGAAAGAUAGCAACGAAACCCAAAAAGAUUUCAAUACACAAGGAGACGAAAGCGAAAACAGUUCACAGAAUCAACAAAUGUACAAGAAACAUAGUACAGAGGUUGAUCCCUUGAGACCCUUAAUGAAUCCGCGCACGGCGCAUGCGCGCAGGAGGAAGGUCACUGUGACUGGAGAUGCGAGGGACUACAGCGAACAGGCCGACAAUAUGGCGAAAGAUACAAGGCCACAGUCAGCUCAGUUAGAUGAAUCAACCACCGCAAAUAAAUCUGUGCGCUUCGCUUCGGAUGCUUGGACGUAA